AUGGUGAUCACCAGGAGCCAAGGUGACGCAGCUGACGCGGAAGAACGAAGACGGCUUCAAGAUCGUCAGGAAGAAGAAGCGCAACGUCAGAUCGAACUAGAACGACGACUACGCCUACACCCUGACCCUCCGGCGUCACCCAUACUACACCGAUCCUAUAUGGGUGAACGGAGCGGCGAUCUAAGGGUUGAUCCAUUACUCCCUACGACGACCACCACAGAUCUUUCGUCGGGGCUUCCGAUCCAUGAAGACCGUCGAAGAUUGCCAACAAUGUCGCAACGCUCGAACGUCAGCGUGAACUCGCGACUAAGGCUGGCAGAACUAAAAGCAGCAGAACGGUUGGCUGCCAUUAAGAAAAAGGAACUUGAACUGGAGGCAGACCUCGUGAAGAAGUGGCUAGCAGCCGAGAUAUCUGUCAUCAACGAUGACCGGGAGAGCCUGCCCGAUGUUCCUUUUACACCUGCUCAAGAACGUGAGAAGGUGGUCGAGUGGUUACACUCAAACCCCCCUGAACCACGGGGGGAGAUUGUAGGUGGCCAGCGCAACGAACCUAGGGCCACCCAACGAACUAGAUCGCCGACGCCAACCAGAAGAAGUGGCAUCGAACAGCUGGCAGCGACAUUAGAGAAUAUGGCGCGACCACGUUUACGGCAUACCGACCUACCGAUCUUCUCGGGUGACGUAAACGAGUGGUUGCCGUUUUAUGCCGCUUACAAGGAUACAACGAACAUGUAUGGCGUGUCGUCGGCAGAAAAUAUUCAGCGAUUAAGAAGCUGCCUCAAGGGAGAAGCAAGGAACGCUGUCGCGGCGCUACUUCAUGCAGCGUCAGACCCUGACAUCAUUAUCAAGACGCUAGAACAGUGCUUCGGCAGGCCGGAAGUGCUCAUAGACCGAGCGCUAGAAGAAUUGAAGAGACUGCCAAAGCCAGAGUCAUCGGCGACCGAACUGAACGCGUUCGCUAUUAAAGUACAGAACACUGUGUGCGUUCUGCAGACAAUAGAUAAGAGGGGUUACCUCUAUAACCCUCUCUUAGCACGAGAAAUCUUAGACAAGUUGAGUCCGCAUCUGCGAUCCAGAUGGUGCAAUUACGCACACGAACACGAAGACGCAACAGAUCCUGAGAUAACGUUGUUGUCACGAUUCCUUAUGCGCGAAGCUGAUCGAACGCUACGCUUCGCAUAUGCACCAGCAACGAGCACAAGCACGACGAACGCAGCCAAACGGGAGAUCAGACCUGCCGUCAUGAUGAAAAAGAAGACGCAACCCGUCUAUGCUGUCGCCGAGUACGCAGGAGGUACCAUCGUCUGCCCUAGCUGCGAGCAGCAGCACUCGUUGACAGAGUGCCCGAAAUAUAAGGAACUCGCUGUCGAACAGCGGUGGGAGCUGGUGAAAGAAAAGAAGAUCUGCUUCAGAUGUAUUAGAAGCAAACACAGGCGCAUCGUAUGCAGAGCCAAGGCAUGCGGUGUGAACGCGUGCCGACGACCUCACCACUCCUCACUGCAUGAAGAGGCCAAACCAGACCCAGAGAAAAAGUCCGAGGAAGAAGCUGUACUGUCGGUAGCGCCCAGAUCAGCUACCGGCCCUAGAAGCGUUCUUCUGAAGAUAUGUCCCGUGGUAAUUAGCGGUCCACGGGGGGAGCUCAAGACGCAUGCACUGCUGGAUGAAGGAGCAACGAUAACACUGAUCGACGAAGGGCUAGCUCAACUGAUCGGAGCCGAAGGCCCUUCAGAACCGCUGCACCUUCAUGGCGUGAACAUGGAACAGAACGAACAUUCCAGCCGACGAGUCUCCUUAUCGAUUCGGGGUCUCAAAGAAGAAAGGUCUUUUAACUUGAAAGCGCGAACUAUACGAAAUCUACGUCUGCACAGGCAGUCCAUAACCAAAGAUCUUUUGAAGGGCGAACAUCUGAAAGACCUAGAUAGUGAAGAAAUAAGCUACGAUGAAGCUCGCCCAGGCAUCCUAGUGGGGACAGACCACUGGGAAUGUAUCGUGUCCCGUGAGUUACGAGUUGGCCGCCCUGAUCAGCCAGCGGCAUCACGAACACAGCUCGGUUGGGUGGUACACGGAACGGUGCCACGAACGAUAGCACAGAACGAAUGCGUGCUACAUGUAUACGAACCGAUACACCAAUGCACGAACGACCAAGAUCUGCACGAACUGAUGGAAGAUCAUUUCACGACCAAAGAUUUCGGAGUCUCACAGAAGUCACACGUCAGCGACGAAGUACAACGAGAAAUGAAUAUCGUCGAGAAAUCCAUUAAGAGGAUCGAUGGAGGCUGCAAGAAACGGCUGCUGAGGAAACAUGACCAUCGUAUUGCCAACAAGAGAACCGAUUUCCGAACUGAUUAUAUAACAGCAGUCCACUGGGUACACCACGAUGCUCGACGAUACACACCCUUCGUCGCCCACAGACUCAGAGAGAUAACUGAGCUUACGCAGAAGCACGAGUGGAGUUGGCUUCCCACCGAUCUAAACGUAGCCGACAAUGCGACCCGCCUAUCCAAUAGUGUAAUCAACGUGAACGAUCGUUGGUUCCGGGGUCCUGCUUUCUUGUGUGAGCCAGAGUCUGAGUGGCCCACCGAAAUAAUAUCUGAACCGAAAGAGGCGGAAGUUAUGCACGUGACAGAAGAUAAGAGGAAGACGAACUCCUGGCUACCUGAUCCAGAACGCUUCUCUAAAUACGAAACUCUCGUCGGGGCAACAGCGCGAGCGAUCGCAUUCGUCGACAUCGGGAUUCGCCGAUCUGCUACGCGUCUCGAAUGUCGUCACCUGGAACAAGCGGAGAGACUGCUCAUCCAACACGCGCAACGGCAAUGCUUCGGCGAAGAGAUGAACCGUAUUGAAGCAGGUCGACCUAUACAGAAAUCAAGCAGACUGUACAGACUGGAUCCGGUGAUCGAAGACGGAGUACUCAAGGUCCGAGGACGCAUCGAAGCCGCGUCCACUCCAGCGAGCGUCAAGCGUCCGAUCAUCCUGGACGACCGACAUACGCUCACAAAGCUGAUCGUGCUUCGCAAACAUUGCGCUGCGGGUCACGCAAAUAGAGAACUCGUGAUAAAUGAUCUCCGGCAGCGCUACUGGAUCAUUCAUCUCAGACCAACGGUGCGCACAGUGGAACGGAACUGUGCAUUUUGUCGCGUGCGCCGAACCAAGCCGCGACAACCAGUCACCGGAGACCUGCCGCGAGCACGACUCGAUCCAUUUCAUCGUCCUUUCACCAAUUGUGGAGUCGACUACUUCGGACCGAUGACAGUGAAGAUAGGAAGACGCCGCGAAAAGAGGUGGAGUACACUUUUCACGUGUCUCACCUCACGCGCCAUCCAUAUAGAGAUAGUAGCAUCACUGUCAACAGACUCAGCAAUCAUGGCCCUACGUCGGAUGGCGGCGCGAAGAGGAUGGCCACGACUUGCAUCUGAACUUCGAGGAGAGGGACUGCGGCACCGAAUGGAAUGGCGGUUUAUUCCUCCCAGUGCGCCCAACCAAGGCGGCGCCUGGGAGAGGUUAAUCAGAUCAGUCAAGACCGCACUGAAUGCUGCACUGAAAGAACAAGCGCCUACAGAAGAGGUGCUUCGAACUGUGUUGACUGAAAUCGAGUUCUCAGUCAAUGCCAGACCACUGACACAUGUGAGUGUCGACCCCCUGGACCCAGAGGCGCUUACCCCGAACCAUUUUUUAUUGGGGUCAUCGACGGGAAUUCCAACCACCGGAUCGUGCGACGCAGCGGAUCGACGGACUUGGCGCGCCAGCCAAGCGCUUGCCGACCACUUCUGGCGGCGAUGGGUACGAGAGUACCUGCCGACUCUCGUACCACGCGGCGAGUCCGGAGGAGGAGAACGACCACUGCAGACCGGAGACAUCGUAGUCAUCGCCGACCCAACGCUGCCACGGAACGUGUGGCCACUGGGGGUUGUCUCGCGCACAUAUCCGGGACCCGACGGCGGCGUCAGAGUCGUCGAUGUCAAGACCAGAACAGGAGUCUUCAAGCGGCCCGUCAGUAAGAUCGUCGCCUUAGGAAUAGAAGAGGCUACGCAAGCUGCGCCGGGGGGAGAGCUGUUGGCGACGUAGUUACCAACUCAUGUUACACGUGCCGCUCUUGAACUCGCGUCGCGACAAGUUUAAGAUUUCAAACAGUUAUCGUCGGUUCUAUGUUUAUCUUGUGGCGCCACAGCGGGCUGCUAAAGGGUUUCUUUGUUAAAUCCUUUAUCAACCGAUACAGAAAGACGCGCAUUGUUUUAACUGAAGCCCGCUAAAGAACGGUGCGGCACAGUGUUACGUUUGUUGGAGCCGUGGCGAACUUAGUAUAAAUAGAUAUUGUACGUUGUCAAAAUUGUCCAAU